AUGCCCAAACGCACAAUUUAUAUGUGGCUAGUUUUCCUCUUUUUCUUUUUGGAGCUAGCCAAAUGUGGGAUUCCAGGUUUACACAAAUGGGUUAUAAAUAAUUUCCCUAGUUGUGUAAAAAUUGUGGAUAGGAAUAAAUUAAUUGAUUGGAACUGCAUAGGAAAAUUAGAAAAAGCAAAAGGAAAACAUAAAAGGAAUCAUAAUGGUGGUGAUAAUAAUGGUGAUAAUAAUGGUGAUAAUAAUUAUGAUGAUAAUUAUGAUGAUAAUAAUUAUAAUGAUGGUUGUGAGAUAAACAGGAAUAUUAAAAAUAAAGAUAACACGUAUGAUAACAAUAUAAAUAAUACAUAUAAUAAAUAUGAUAUAGAUGAUGAUAAAAAGAAAUCAUUUUGUAAGGGAAAAAAAUAUAAGGAGGAAAAAAUCUUUGAAGUCGAUAAUUUAUUAUUUGAUCUUAAUCAACUACUUCAUAAAGCAAAUGUUAAAUUUAUUAAUUAUGAUAAUUAUUUUUUAAAACUUACAAGGUUAAUUAAAAAUGUUUUAAAAAAAUUUGAACCCAAGAAAAAUGUGGUAUUUGCUAUUGAUGGCAUUUGCCCAUUUUCUAAAUUAAAAUUACAAAUUAAAAGAAGAGCCAAAAGUAAAUUAAAAAAUAAAGAAAACCAUCUUGUGAAUGAUAUAACAUGUGGUAGUAUAUUUAUUAAUAAAAUCUCAAAGUUUCUUGUAAAUUUUUUAAAGCAUUUAUUAUCUUUUGAAAAAUAUGAACAUGUGAAGUUUUUUAUUUCAACUGAUCAGGAAGUAGGAGAAGGGGAACUUAAGCUGAUGAACUGGAUAAGCAAUUAUGUAAAAAAUAUAAAAAAUAUAAAAAAUAUAAAAAUUAAUAAAAAUAUACAAAUAAAAGAAGAUGAAAAAAUAAAUAAUAUGAUCGAAAUAAAAAAGGAAAAUAUUAUGAAUCAUCUACAUUAUAAACAAGAAAUGUUCAAUGAUAUAAAAAAUGAUAAUUUAAAAUAUGAGGAAAAGAAAAAAAUUAGGACAAAUAAUAAAAUGAAUAAUUCAACAAAUUAUGAUAUAACGAAUGUGGAAGAAGAAUCUUUUGUUAUAGUUGGUGCAGAUGCAGAUUUAUUGUUACAAUGUUUGUCUUUAAAAAAUGUUCAUAAUAUAUUUAUAUACACAUAUCAAAUAUUUAAUGUAGAAAUAAAUGAUAAUAAUAUGAAGAAGGAAAAUUAUCUUAUGAAAAAUAAAGUGAUCAAGGGGGAUCCCAUUUUUAAAGAGGAUAAAAAUAAUGUCUGUAAAAUGAAUGGGGCUUAUAAGAAAUAUGAAGAUGAUAUUGAUAGUGAUAAUAUACAAAAGGAUAUUACAAGGUGGAGUAAUCAUAAUGAUAAUAUUAAUUAUAAUAAUGAUAAUAUUAAUUAUAAUAAUGAUAAUAUUAAUUAUAAUAAUGAUAAUAUUAAUUAUAAUAAUGAUAAUAUUAAUCAUAAUAAUGAUAAUAUUAAUUAUAAUAAUGAUAAUAUUAAUCAUAAUAAUGAUAAUAUUAAUUAUAAUAAUGAUAAUAUUAAUUAUAAUAAUGAUAAUAUUAAUUAUAAUAAUAUUUGUCCGACAGGUGAUAAAAAUCAUAUUGAAAAGAUCCUUUUAAAAACACAAUCCACAAAUGUACAGAAUGUUAAAAAGAAAAAGAUUAAAGUUUUAUACAAUUUAAAAACAUUUAUUAAUUUAUUUUUAAACAAAUAUCCCAAGUGGUUUCAUAAAAUUAAAGCAGAUUUAUUAAUCCUGUUCAUAUUAAAAGGUAAUGAUUAUCUUCCUAAGAUUAGAGAAGGGAAUUUUGGUAUCUUUUUUGAAGCAUAUUUUAAAAUGCUUGAGAAUAUAAAAAACAGGAAUAAUUGUGAGGAAAAAAAAAAAACGGAUGAUUUCGAAAUAAAUAAAUAUGAUGAUUUAGGAGAAAGAGAAUAUAGUUAUAAUAAUACUUAUGAAGGUUUAUUAGAUGGUAAUAAUUACAAAAUAAAUAAAAAAGAAUUUUUAUUAUUUCUUAAUGAAGUACAAAAACUUGUACACUUUACAAACAUUUAUAAUAAUAAUAAUAUUAGACAUUACCACAAUUCUAAUGACAUCCGUUUUUUUAAAAAUGAUAAAAAAAUGUAUAUGAAGCAAACUAAUUCCUGUUCACCUUUAUUAUUAAUAAAUGAAUUAAUUAGUAAAAAAAUAUUAGACAAAGAUACAUUUACCAUAAAUGUUACUAAAAAUGAAAAUGACAUGUUUCAAUGUAACUUAAUUUAUUUUAAAAAUCAUAAAAGAUAUGUUUAUUCAUCAAAAUCCAAAAAAAAAAAAAACGCUAUGCAUAUAACAUCUUAUGAUUUUUUAAAUGAACAUUUCCCACAUCUUAUGAAAUAUAUAGAUAAGGAAUACUUUGAAAAGAAUAUGAAACAAUCGGAUAACAAUGUAGAAAUAUUAAAUAAUAACGAAUUAAAUACAAAUCAAAUACAACAUAUUCAAAAAGGUGAUAAUAAUAAGUGUGAUGAUGUGCCUAUUUUAAAAAAUAACGUAAAAUGUUAUAAUGAAUAUUAUAAUAAUAUAGGGGGGAAUGAUAAGGUGAAGAAUAGUAUACAUAUGGAGAAUUAUAUAAAAAAUUUUUAUUUACAACAUUGUCAGGAUGAAAAGAUAUAUAAAGAAGAAAUGGAUAUUGUUGAAAAUUAUAUAGAGGGAAUUCAUUGGCUAGUUGAAAUGUAUAAUAAAACCUAUUGUAUAAAUUUUAAUUUUUUUUAUAAAUACAUGAGUAGUCCAUCUUUAUUAAGUUUAUAUUAUUAUUUAUUAAUAAAUAGGGACGAUAUUUAUAAUAAUAUGAAAAGUAUGGAUUACUGUAAUAAUUAUAAGAAUAAUUAUAUGGAGAUUAUUCAGAAAAUAAAUUUAAAUAUAUUUAGAAGUAAUCUUGAGUAUUAUGAUUUUAUUAAUUUUUGUGUAGAUAAAUAUAAUAGUUUAAAAAGGAAUAUUACAAAAAUCGGUACAUGUAGAAAUAAGGAUACUUCAUAUAAUGAUGAAGAAAAAAUAAUACAUACUGAUGAUAAGAGAUAUGACAAAAGAUUUAUAUAUUUUAAAAAUAUAUAUAAUAUAUUAUUUUCUAAUAAUAUAAUUAUCAUACGAGAUAGUAUACAAAAAUUAAAUGAUGUAUUAAAAAGUCAGGUAUAUAAUAAAAGAAUGAUUAAUUAUUAUUGGAAUGUCUAUACAAAAAAGCCAUUAAAAAAAUUUUAUAAAAUCAUUUUUUUCAAAGCAGGCAAGAUGUUUGUUUCCAAAUUUUCUUUAUUUAAUUUACAUAUCGAACAACUAAAAAAGAAAGAAAACAAUCAAAAUUAUUCACAUGAUACAAAUGAGGAACUAUGUCAUCAAAAGGGACAACGGAAUGAAGAAGAUAACACAUAUAAUAAAAUGGCCAUUCGAAAUAAUUUCUUACAUUCUAUAUUUAAUAAUAAUAAAUGUAUUAAAACAAAUAGAAAAUUUACAACUAAUUCGUUAAGAUCAGUUGAUGGUAAAACUAAAGUUCUGAAAGGAGUUUUUAAGAGAAAAUCGGUUAGAUGGCAGUAUCACUAA